AGGAGGAGGAGGGACAGGAAAAUGCCUUUUUCUCAGUGGGAGACAUCAGCCCUGUGAUCUCAUGAAUACAUUAUGGAGGUCAUUGUGCAAUGAGGAAGGUGUCUCCCUCCUCCCUCCUCCUCCUCACAGACAGGCUCCUCCUCAUCGAGCUAGCUUAGCCUGUUAGCCACCGUUCACAGCUGACAUUACACUCUAAAUAAACAACAAAACCUGCACAUGCAUCAUUAUUAUCUCCAGUGCAUUCACUCCUCAGCAGCCAUGAGGAGGUGAAACUAACAAAAAAAUAUAAAUAUAUAAUUAACUCGCUCGACGACACCGGUGAUCAACAGCCGGACUGCGACACUAGCUUAGCCUAGCCUAGCCUAGCUUAGUGGAGCUAGCAGUGCAGGAGCGACAGCGGCGGCAGCUCCUCUUCCUCUUCCUCCAACAAACAAACAAACAAACACACACACAGCUCUCUGUGACGGUGUGUUGACUGGUUAUCAAAGCUAGCGGCUGUUAGCUUCCCCGGCUAGCCGCGUAGCCACGCUGCUGCAGGAAAAACAAGCUAACGUUGCAGGUUAGCCUCCGGGAGCUAACGGAGCUAACGUGGCUAACGUGGCUAACGCAGCGUGUCAGAGACCCAAACACCUCCUGUCUGCAGGAUCUGACACCUACACCACCCAGUGUUCUGACCUCACAGCACCACCAGGGCGGCCUCUUGAGGACAGUGGGGGCUCUCGAAUGAUCCCCCCGUUCAUCCGAUGAACCCCCUCAACUCCAUGAAACCUUCCCAGCAUCCCAAUCCGCAAAGCAGCGACGGACCCUUCCUGAAUGACCCAGUCUCCUGGCAACCAGGAACCAAUCAGCACCCAGGAUCUCUCUCCGUAGUAACCACAGUGUGGGGCGUGACCAAUCCCACACACAGCCAGGUGUUUGGUUCUCCCAUGGGUCCGGGUGACAGCUCCGGCGGUCACAUGAUGCCCGGCGGCAGCCCCGGUAUGGGUCCAGGCAUGGGCUCCCAGUUCAUGGGCCAGCAGUCGUACGGAGACGCCAUGUCUAAAGGCUACGGCCAGCCGGUGAUGUAUGGACGUCCGAACGCUGCGUACAACCCGGCGUCGGCCUAUGGGGGAAGUUACUCCGGUAACGGCGGAGGUGCCGGUAUGGGCGUGCGUCCUCCCUCGGACUUCACUCAGGCUGCAGCCGCCGCUGUUGCCGCGGCCGCCGCCACGGCAACGGCCACCGCCACGGCAACCGUUGCAGCAAUACAGGAGAAACAGAACCAGGAGAUGAACUAUGGCCAGAUGGGUGGAGCAUCCUCUUACAGCACCCAGUUCCUGUCUCAUGCGGGCCCACGCGGUCCUCCUCCUGGGAUGGUCUCCUCCAGACCGGGCCCCCCACCUUCCAGCGGAGGCCUGUAUCCGACUCACCCGGCCCAGGCUCAGAAGAUGCCCCAGCACGGAGGUUACCCUGGUCCGCAGCAGGGGCUCAAACGCCCGUUUCACUCAGAGGGUUUUCCGGUGCAGCAGUACGGGUCUGGGGGGAUGUCGGGGUACCCUACCCAGCCUCUGCAGUACCCCUCUGGUCCACAGCAGCGAUGUGCCCCCUCACCCUCCUACCCCUCCAGUCGGAUGCCUCUCAUGGGGCAGUACAGUUCUGGAUCACACAACCCGGGACAGUUCCCCCCCGGAGCCGGACAGCCCAAUCCUCCACAGUACUACAAGACAGAGCCGUUCAAUGGUCAGGGCGGCCUUCCAUCUGGAGGAACAGGAGGAUACAACGCCUUCACACAGGCUGCAGUCAACGGGCCAGGUCGGGGGGGAGUGAUGCCCGGAUAUCCCAGCUCGCCGAUGGGAGGGAACCCCACGCCGCCGAUGACACCCGGGACGUCCACCCCCUACCUGUCCCCGGGCCAGGACACGAAACCCCCCUACCUCCCACCGGAUACCAAGCCCAACAUCAACCCCCAGCAGGUCUCCACAGGAAACCCGAGCGACGACCUUCGUCUGACGUUCCCGGUACGAGACGGCGUCGUGUUGGAGCCGUUCAGACUGGAGCACAACCUGGCCGUCAGUAACCACGCCUUCCAGCUGAGAGACUCCGUCUACAAAACACUCAUGUUGAGGCCGGACCUGGAGCUGCAGUUCAAGUGUUACCACCACGAGGACAGACAGAUGAACACCAACUGGCCCGCCUCAGUUCAAGUGAGCGUCAAUGCCACUCCUCUGUGCAUUGAGAGAGGCGACAACAAAACCUCCCACAAGCCCUUGUACCUGAAGCCGGUGUGUCAACCAGGACGCAACACUGUUCAGAUCACAGUGACCGCCUGCUGUUGUUCCCACCUGUUUGUGUUACAGUUGGUCCACCGGCCGUCCGUCCGCUCCGUCCUGCAGGGUUUGAUGAAGAAGAGACUCCUGCCGGCCGAACACUGCAUCACGAAGAUAAAGAGAAAUUUCAGCAGCGGUACGAUCCCCGGGACUCCCGGUCUGAACGGAGAGGACGGCGUCGAGCAGACGGCCAUCAAAGUCUCCCUCAAAUGCCCGAUCACCUUCAGACGCAUCCAGCUGCCAGCCAGAGGACACGACUGCAGACACAUACAGUGUUUCGACCUGGAGUCCUACCUGCAGCUUAAUUGUGAAAGAGGAACCUGGAGAUGUCCUGUGUGCAAUAAAACGGCGCUGCUAGAAGGGCUGGAGGUGGACCAGUACAUGCUUGGGAUUCUGGUCUACAUCCAGAAUUCGGACUACGAGGAGAUCACCAUCGACCCGGUGUGCGGGUGGAGACCGGUUCCCGUCAAACCGGACCUGCACAUAAAGGAGGAGCCCGACGGUCCGGUUCUGAAGCGCUGCCGGACCGUCAGCCCGAGUCACAUGGUUCUGCCCAACGUGAUGGAGAUGAUCGCCGCUCUGGGCCCGGCGUCGUCACCGUACCACAGUCUGACGGGGGGGGGCAGGAACACCCCCGACUACAACCGGCCAGGGAGUCAAGGAUUCUCCAGCCAAGGUGGCUUCUCAGACUUCCCCAACACUCCCGGCACCCCGACCCUCGGAGAGUACUCGUCCUCUGGACCUCCACUCUCCUAUCAGACGGAGCAGACGUCUCAUUCUGGACGGAUGGAACACGGCCACAGCCUCCUCCAGCAGCACGGCUCGGGCGUUCACGGCAGUCAGGGUCUGGGCGACGCCGGCAGUCCACUGCCACAGCGCAGCGUAAAUACCCAGAAUGCCCGGCUGCAGAGCGAGGGCCCCUUCGUUCUAGGAGGCCCCGGAGGACCCGGAGGGGAGGGCGCCGACCACGCACUAGACCUUCUUCCUGAGCUGACCAACCCUGACGAGCUGCUGUCCUACCUUGGCCCCCCCGACCUCCCCAACAACAGCAGCGACGACCUUCUGUCUCUGUUCGAGAACAACUGAAACGCCUCCAUCGCUUCUCGCCGCUCAUCUUCCAGCCUCCGCCUCUCCGUUCGCUGAAGCCCCGCCCCCCGAAGACGACGCCGUCUCUGUCGGCAUCCACUUCCUGUUCGUUUGUGUGUGUGUGUGUCUGUGUGUAUAAAUGCGUGUGUGUGUGUCAGUGUACACGAUUGUGUUUUUUGUGUAUCUUUUGUCUUUUUUGAAGUGUGCUGCUGUACUUUGAGGUUCAUCCAGUGCGGCGUGCGGCGACAGGAAGAAGAAUUUAACAGAACUCACGGAAGUAUCGACUCUGCAGACCAGCAUUUAAACUAUAGCACAAACCACCGGCUGAAGGAUUUAAAUAUACAGUAUUUAAUUUAUGGAUCGUACUCGUUGGAGUGGAGGAUAACGGAAGCUGUUUAUGAGGAUUUAACAGACACGUUUAUUUAAACAGUGGUUCCCAAAUCCUUUUUUAACAGCGCACACACACACACACACACACACACACACACACACACACACACACACACACACACACAUUCCCGGUAGAUGACUUUGUAAUUUAAACGCCGUUUUUCUACCGUUUACCUCAAGGUCCUCGCAACAAAAUCAAUAACAUGUUAAGUUCCAAGAGUUGUAAAAUCCUUUCUUGUAAUAUUUUAAACCCCCCAUCCCCUGAUGCAACCUCCCAGUUUGGGAACCACUGCGUUAAAAGUAAAAGCUUAUGAUAUUCUUUUAUUAUUAUAUAUUUUAUUAAUCCCAUGAAAAGACAAAGAGCUCCUCUCAUUUUUCUGUUUGUAUAUCCUCGAUUCCUUUCUUCGCCUCCUCUCCUGACAUCUAAUGGCCUUUACACAGUGGGGUCGUGACAAAUUAAAAGCACAUAAAAAUGCAACGCUUUGGAUUAUUAUAUAUCCAGGGCUUUUAUUGUGAAAGGUAAGAACAUACGUUUUAACAAUCCCCCCAAAAGGUUUCCACCUUAACAUGUAAAAGUUAAAGCUUUUUAAGGUAUAAAUUAUGGGAUAGCUUCAUGUUAAUGUCACUUAAAAGCCCAUUUAAAAAUGACUUAAUUACAUCAUUAUUCAUUUUUACUCAAACUGGAAGAAAAAGUGAAUUUGUUGGAGACUAUUUUCAGCAGCGGGUGAAUCUACAUUUGGCUCUCUAGUGAGGAUUCGAAUGUCAGAUUGAGUAUUGAUUUGGAUCUUUUCAUGGGAUUAUUUGACAAAAAGAAAACUACAGAGUAUCACCAGAUUAAUAUGGGAUGUAAGAUAAGGGCAGUGGUCACUUUUUAGUUUCUCUCCGAUCAGUGAGAUGACGGAGUAAAAGAAGAAAAAAAUAAAUAAACAGAUGUACAAAAGACAUUUUUUUAAAAACAUGAAGUGUGGGAGCGCUGACGUCCUUCAGCACUGUGAAAUAUAUUAAAAAAAAAAAAACUCCUAUCUCUCCCUCCGAUGAUUUCGCCCUCUUUCUAAAGUUUUUUUUUUCUCGAGCAUACUGUAAAUGAGUACAGCUGUGUGUCGUGGCAUUUUUCUGCCAUUUGAAAGCUAUUAUUAGUAUGUUUUAAAAAAAAGAAAUCGUUGGACAUGUAUAACCCAUCAUGACGCGGGUUUGUGUACUGUAUAAUCAGCUGUUUUCAUUAGAGAACGUGUGUGUAUCAAAUGAAUUGUUAAUCAUGGUAAUUUUAAUGUUAUUUAGUUUGAUAAUGGAUCAUUGUUGGCACUGUAUACAUACUGUAUGUUAGAAGAAUUAUAAAAGCAAUUGUAAAAAGGUCCCACGAGAGCGCGUGUGACAGAAAAACGGUCAGCUGACAGUUAAAGAUGCAGAAAUAUUCUUAAUACCACUUUGUAUAGCUGACGUGUGUUUUUUUCUAUCAAUGAUUUCAUCCUUCGUGGUCCAACAAGGCAACAAGAAAUUAAUGUUCUCUGCCAAUUGAGCAACACAAUAAUGUUAUUAUAUUUGGAAAUUAUGGACUAUUUAACUGCAAAUUUGCUAGAAAAAAAAGGAGAAAAAAAAGGUUUUUUAAUAUGUAAACUAUUCCACAUAUUUUGUAACACAUUGUAAUUGCCAUUAUUUUCUAUUUAUUUUUUAAUCAUAAUCGUCAUUGUACCUACAGUUACCUUGUCCCUCUCCUGAAUCUCAGAAUUAAAAAUCACUUUA